AUGAACACCGCACAGACCAGCUGGAAUGGUGGGUCGCUUCUUGAACACAGAACAUCGGAAAAGGUCCUGCGAGCGGACGGACCAGCAGAAGAUCAUGGAAUUGGCUGCAAAUGGGUCUUCAAGACGAAAGCCAACGGAACACGCAAAGCGCGAUUGGUCAUCAAAGGCUACCGGCAGAAACAUGAUAUCGACUAUCACGAGACGUUAGCUGCUGUGUCUAGGAUGGACUCCGUCCGCUGCAUUUUCGCGAGCGCUGUGUUGCGCGAAUGGGAACUCUACCAAUUCGACGCAGUCACCGCGUUUCUUCACGGUGAUGUCGACUCGUCUAUCUAUACGGAGUUGCCCGAAGGCUAUGAAGAAUCAGGGUACGUAUGCGGGCUCUGCCACUCACUGUAUGGACCGAAGCAGGCCCUGUGA